AUGGUGCUUCCUCAUCUGCCAAGCGCAGCAGCUACUUUCUUCUUCCUCGCUGCAACUCUCAUCCCUAGCGCCCAAGCCUUGUUCUCGGAUGCCAACAUCACAGAGCGAGCUGUGCAUCUUCCAUACGGCACCUAUAUCAACCACUGCUACAUCCCCGGAAAGGUGGCCCUUACCUUCGAUGAUGGGCCAUAUAUUUAUACUGAAGAACUUCUUGGAAUCCUUCAUCAAUAUGGCGCAAAGGCGACCUUUUUCUUUAACGGCUACAACCUGGAAAACAACGAAUGGCUCCUCCAACGCAUAAUAAACGAAGGGCAUCAACUAGCAUCGCAUACAUGGAGCCAUGCCGAGCUUCCUAUUCUCGGCUAUGAUCAAAUCGUCGAGCAAAUGACGGCUCUCGAAUCUGCCUUUGUGGAUGCUGUCGGUGUGAUCCCCACCUAUAUGCGGCCGCCAUAUCUCGCCGUCAACGAUUAUGUCCUUAGUGUUAUGGGCGAUCUUGGAUACCAUGUAAUUGGGGCUAGUAUCGACACAAAGGACUACGAGAAUGACCAUCCAGACCUAAUUGGCCGCAGUGUGGCUAAAUUUAAUCGCGAGUUGGACCAGGGAGGAACGAUCAUCCUGUCCCACGACAUCCAUGAACAAACAGUCCGCACUUUGACGCAUGUAAUGCUGGACGAAAUUUACGAACGAGGGAUGAUGCCGACAACUGUUGGAGAGUGUCUGGGCGAGGAUAUAUGGUAUCGUUAG